GUGGCGCACAGUAUCCGUGCGCGUACAUAGCAGCAGUCGGACGAGAGACGCGUAUCGCUGAGGUCGAGACACGGUAUACCCCUUUUUCCCAACAUCAUCCCCAGGCAGUAGAACCAGAGAAAAUGCCAAAAUUGAGGCUCUGAGGACAAGGUAAGGCCGAGUCAUCGAAGACUCUCCCCAUCUGGCUAGAAAGGACGAGAGAAUACACGCAGAACAACGGUCGAGGACAACGCUUCUGCGCGCGGACGUUCUCACAUCCUACCUAACCGCCUGUCUGCGCCUAUUUCCCCGUGGAACCUGCCAGUUGUUCAUCUAUCGUCUUGACAUUUGACGUCUAGUAAACGUCAACGCCAUGGCAUCUACCAUCCGCAUCCACGAAGACCAGGAAAAUCGUGUCCGGCCUAUGGGCAAGGAGAAUGUCGUCACGGCCUUUGGACAGCAGUCAUUACAACAAAACAAACGGGCCGUGCUAGGAGUUCUGUCCAACAACUUUGUUAGAAAGCCUGAUAUUGGCAAAGAGGAAAAAAUCAGUAAAACGAAAGUUAACAGCUAUGUACCUUCGUACAUUGAACCAUUUUCUGUUUAUGAAGAAAAAAAAGAUGAACCUAGCUUCCAAAUAUACAAGGACAAGUUACAGACAGAAUCUUCUAAUGUGAUAAGAAAUACCCAAGAAACGGAAACAAUUCAAGUCAAACAAACCACUGAAAUUAAAGUUAAAGUGGAAGUAGAAAAGCCUACUAUAGAAAUUCAUCCCACAGCGAAAAGUUCAGAGCAAUACCGACCAGUUCUUCGUGAAGUUGAAAUAAAAGCCGAAGAUCAUGACGUUCUUCUGCCUGGGGAGAGUCCCAUGUCCCUGGAUAGAUCGUUAGUUUUAAGAAGUUCUGAAAAAGAAGCACGUGCUAAAAGGGAAGGUUCCAAAAUUACAAGGACAAACUUCUAUGACAUUGACGAAUACCGGGCUGACAUUUACAAUUAUUUUAGAAGUGUUGAAACUGCACACAGGCCCAAACCAGGGUACAUGAAAAAACAACCAGAUAUUACUUAUUCUAUGCGAACGAUUCUGGUUGAUUGGCUAGUCGAAGUUGCUGAGGAAUAUCGUUUAAACACGGAAACGUUAUACUUGGCCGUUUCUUACAUAGACCGAUUUCUAUCGUAUAUGAGUGUAGUCAGAGCCAAAUUACAACUCGUUGGUACUGCAGCUAUGUUCAUUGCUGCAAAAUACGAAGAAAUACACCCACCAGAAGUCGGUGAGUUUGUGUACAUUACAGAUGAUACUUACACAAAAAAACAAGUCUUACGAAUGGAGCACCUAAUCUUAAAAGUGCUAUCAUUUGACUUGACUGUACCAACUCCUCUUGCUUUCUUGAUGGAAUACUGUAUCAGUAACAAUCUUUCAGAAAAGGUCCAGUUUUUGGCAAAAUACCUGUGCGAGCUAUCAUUACUGGAAGCUGAUCCUUAUCUACAAUUCUUGCCGAGUCACUUAGCAGCAUCAGCUAUCGCAUUAGCUCGGCAUACGUUACGAGAAGAGGUAUGGCCCCACGAGCUCGAGUUGUCAUCUGGAUAUAGUUUGCAAGAUCUUAAAAUAUGUAUCUCUCACCUCCACAAAACAUUUAAAAGCGCACCUAAUUUACCCCAGCAAGCCAUACAAGAAAAGUACAAAAAUAGCAAGUACGGCUAUGUUGCUCUUCUUCUACCUCGAAGUAGUGAACCAUUCGAGUGCGAUGACUCUGAAAGUGCUUAGAUCAAAUUUGACUUAAUCGCUUGUCCUUGAACUGCAUUCAACGAACCUCCAAAGAAUUCCCUUUGGAAUAACGGCCAGGAGGGGAUUCCGACAAGACUGAAGGACUGUUUCUUUUAAAAUGAAAGAAAAGAUAAGUGCUUAAUUAUAGCACACUGUUAGUCAUCAAGGUCGAUUGUAUUUUUGCGACUUAAUUCAUGACAUAAUAGCGGUCGGUAUUAUGGAGAUUGUCUCCAUUUGUUAUAAGCAAAUGCGUAGAUGUCCAUACAAAUUCUAAAGUGAUUCGCGAAGUCCCAUCAUUGUGUUAAUGAGUAAAGCUCUACAAGUAUAAUGAUAAUUGAAAUUUGUUAGUACUUUUAUCAUAAUUAUAAGUAUUUGAAAGCUUUUAGUCAACAAGUGUACGUGUAUUCUGGCGCCUAAAUUUUCGAAAUUUUCCGUCGUUUUAUUCAUACUUUUGAUCUUCAAUAUCGGAUUUAUUUUAAAAUUUAUAAUGACCAAUGGAAUUCUCUUAGUAUGAUGUUUAGGAAAAUUUUGUGAUAAAAAUAUUUAGCUUGUCUUGUUAUUUUGAAAAAAUUGACUGGAGUGGCUUAGGUGUCGUGUAUCUAUGAAAUGUCGAAAUUCGAUUCUGACUUAGAUCGUAAUUAAAUAUUUUAGAUGAAAUAUAACGUCUUAAAAAAUUUUUUUUAAUAUAUAAAUUUUCAUAAUCUUCAGUAUACGGAAUGUCACUAAAAUAAAUUGUAACUGCAAUUUAAGCCACAAAAAAUAUUUCACUAGUUGAGUCGUUGCAUGAAAUAUCUCAAAAUUUUAUCACGUAAGUUUAUUUUUACAUAAAUCAAAAUAUCAAAAAAAAAUCAAAUAUACAUGUAUCUAGAAUAUUUUGAAUUAGCAAUAAAUUCGCGUAUUUACUUUUUUGCAAUUACUCUUAAAUCAUUCAUUAAUAAUGUUCAAUAAAUCCAUGAUUGAUUCAGUUUUUUUUUUAUAAUCUAUAUAAUAGUAAUUUACAUAAAUGGGAUAAAAUAUAAAAUUUUAAAUUUGUUUGAAACUUCAAACUAUUGAUUCUAUUUCAAAAUCUAAUCGAGCCUUAAAAAGUUUAUUCUUCAGGCGCUUGAUUUUCAGUAUAACUGAAAUUACUUAAAAUCUAAAAUUGUUAUUCAUUAGAAAAAAAUCUAAGCUAUUUUACAUAAACCACUUUGUAAAUUCAUCGUAAAUAAGCCAUUUUUGAAGUAGAUAUUUUAUUUUACUUUUUUACAAUGAUUUUUAAUUUCUGUUUUUAUUUGAACAAAGUUUUAAUGUUUUAAAGCUUAUAGUAAACAGGAUGAAUACGAAAUUUACGUAAAUGAAUGAUGAAUGAAAUGUAUAGUAGAAAUUGAAUGAGUGUUUUACUGUUGUAUAAGAGAAUUUUCAAACUUCAAGUGCGACAAACUUAUUAAUUUUCCUUUAUUCUUAAAUGUCUUACAUUUUCAAUAUAAAGACCUGUAUAAUCAUCUUCGAGCGUUGCAAAAUUUAAGUGUGAACUUGUGCCUUUGUUAAGAAUUAUUGUAUCUCCACUAAAGUCUGUCUAAAAUAUAAUGAAUACUUUUCAAUAUACUUUUUAUGUAUAUUUUUAAAUAUAUCUGUUCUUUAUUUAUUUAUUUAUCAAAUUUGCACUUUGCAAUGUUUUUUAAUUCAAGUUAUUACUGAAAUUCUAAAGGUACAGCAUUUCGCAAUCUAUAUAUUUGCACGUUCGAAUGAGAAAAGCCUGUAUACUAUUUGAAUACCUGUAAUUUGUA